AUGUCUUUCCUUCAUGGAGUUUUAAGUAACAUUAAGCCUAAAUUAGGCUUACAUAAAGAUGAUAUUCAAAGUGCAAUUAAUGCUCUUAUCACCCAUAAACAUCGUGGUAAAGAGGGUUUUAAUGCUGCGAUUAGCAAGGUGGUGGAGGGGGUGAAGCAGUAUAAUGAGGGUGUGAAGGCGUCGAACAAAAAGGUGAGUGAUGUUAUUAAUACUUUGCAGGGACAGAUGACUAAGCUCAAACAAAAGGUAAGUGAAAUUCAUGAUUCUCAUUCUGAUACAGGUGCAAUGGACAACAAGGUGAAGGAGUGUCUCCAGCAGGCACAGGACUUUAUCGAUAAUAUUGCACAUAAUAGCGAACACGUUAGCGAUUUGUCAGAUGACUUGAAACGUAAUGUUAAUAGUGCUAGAGAUAGUAUUGCGUAUCAGCGUGGUGAAUUAGUGAGGAUUCAUGGGUUGCAGGCGGGGCAGCUGAAGGCGGUGGAGCAGGGUGUCAUCAAGGCGCUCAGGGCGGCUGGAACGGAGAUUAAUGAAAGAAUCAAGAAAGAUGUUGAAGCUCUAAUCAAGAAAUGGGAACAAAAGUUGUUGGCGAUUUUAGCAUCCCUCAGGGAAAUUGAUGAGAAGCUGCAGAAGUACGUCAAGGAAUUGCAGGCAUGGAUCGAGGAGGCAUUCAAGGUCAUUGGACAAGCAGAAGAUAGAGUGAGAGAGAUAUCUGACAAGGCAAACGGCGGUACCGGAACUAAGAAAUUUGAGAUUGAUAGAGAUCUAACAGAUGUAGGAUAUCAACUCGGCCAAAAAGUCUCCCAGCUGGACGAGUGGAACACCGCGGCCGGGAAAGUUGUGGAUGCCGCUUUGCAAAAUGUUAGAAGCAUUCUUGCUCAGCUUACUGAAGAUAAAAAGAACGCUAUCACUACCGCGGUGCGGCGGUUAAAAGAAACCGGUCAGCAACAAUUGGAAACGUCCACAACGGAGAAGCUGAGGAGUAUUUCCCACGAGGCCAUGUAUUCCCUGGAGAAUCUUGGCACUGAAAUAACGACAUUGGUAGACGAUAUAGUGUCUCAUAUUUCAAAUGGAUCUAAUACCGUUCAGGCUACACGUGGCUACUUCAACGGGUAUAAUGUAUCCGGGUAUUUUCAACAAUUGGACACAAUUUCUAAACAGAUCAUUGGUACUGCUAAAGGCACCAACGGUGUGGGAGCUUCGCAGCUAUCUCCAUCACUACAGCAGUUGGAUGAUUUGCAGAAGCGAGAUGCAAUUAUGCAACUUUCACAGUCCUUUGGCAAUUCACAUAUGCAAAGUCAGUUGACAGCCACCAAUCUCCAAAACCUCUACACAUGCUCGGACGCCAUUAAAAUUCUCCUUAGAAAUUAUGUGGAUUCACUAAAUCUGCAAAUUACAAAUGUGCUACAAAAUACAAAUUCACAAAACCUUACCGAUAAUACUAGUCCACUUCAAAGUGUCCUUGGAAGUGCCGCGGCCUUUGCUAGCCAACUUCACACUCAGCUUCAGCGCAAUAGUAGAUUGUCACGUGGCCGGCAGGCAGCUCCUAACUUAGCUGGUCUGGAGCAUGCUUCUCAUUUACUAAGUGAAUUGUCACAGAGGGUGAAUGCUUUUCCUGCUGGCAUCAACAGCCUCACGCAGCAGCUUGACAGCCUUGCACUAGGCAUCACUGGUCCAUUCACCACCCUCAUCCAGGCAGUUAGUAAAGCUACAAACCCACCCGAUGGCCUUAAAAAGCAAUUGGAAACCGAAUUAAAAACUGAUGGCCUUGGCAGUGGAUCAACCUGGACAAUUGACAAACAUUCCGCCAAAGGCCUCGCGCUGAUCCAGAAGGAGAUUGAGAAGCUUAAGAUUCACGAUGUUGGAAAUGUGCUUGGGAACAUCGCUCAAUUCUGCUCGGAGAUUACCAACGAGAGUGCUAGUGCCAACGGCCAUUUAAACACUCUACGAGAGAGCAACAUAAAAGUUAAACUGAGAGAGAUUGAGAAGCAAAUUAGUCAACUUCAAAAGGUUACGCUUACGUCUACCAUCACUACUGGUGAUUCAUUUUUCAAAGAAGCCGAUGAGUUGCUUAAGAAUAUCAUUGAAGCCCUCAAGCAACACGUCAUCUCCCAAGUCCAAAAAGCCGAAACCGCCAUCACCCAGGACCUCCGCGCGAAAUACGUCACGUUCAUGAAAGCCCAGCUGGAAGCCUUCGCCGCGAAAUGCCAGGCGGAGCUCAACGAACUGCCGGCAAAAAUCACCGCGGACGCGGACAGAGGCGCGAAGGGGUUCAUGAAGAAGAUGGAAAGCAUUGUCGGCAGGCUUCACAAGCAUGACGACGUGAGCGUAUUAUCUACCAACGCCAGCGUAGUUAUAACGGUUCUCACGGACCACGUAAAAACUCUUUUAGUUCGUAAGACUGGAAUUCGCAGUCAUGUUAAAUUAAUCUACUUGCUUGUUCACAAGAUGUUCGAGGAACUCGGUAACUCUAAACACUUCGAUCCCACAUUCACCGAUAACCUUCACACCCUAAAAUCCAAGCUUAAUGACCUAACACCUAAACAGUUCGGCGAAGAGUCCACUGCCCUGUUACAGUCCCUCAAGGACGGAAUGACGGCGCUGACCGACGUGCUGUCCAAGUGCUACAUAAACGCCUACGAGGGCGCUAAGCCGAUCGAAAAGUGGACUGAGCCUCUGACUGCUGACCAGGCAAAAGAGAAGCUGACGCCGGACGGCGAGCGCUGCGCCAAGGCGUGUCUCACCAUAGUUCCCAUCAUACGGGAAACGUUAGGUGAACUUGCAGGGCAUCUUGAAAAAGAUGAUAGUGCAUGGCGAAAGUAUAAAAUGUACACUUCCACAAAACAAGCUCGCAGCUUACAUAAAGAAUUCUUCCGUGAAAACGGUUACGAUAUCACUCUUAGCGACAGUGCCGAUAGCGGUGAACUUAAUCAUAAAGACACCUUUAAAGCCGGUGAACAUGUACUGUUUAGUCCUAAGUCUGACCCCUCAGCUCCCGGUGCUGCAGAACUAGAUGGGAUAAGCGUUGAGGUUUCCGAAGAAAAGGGCUUAAUCCCUGAACUUAAUUCAUAUCACCAAUUGUUCUUACAGCACAUUAAUUCCGAGUUCAUGGUGGCAGAUAAGGCGGAGCCAACUAAGAAAUCAGUUAAGCCCAUUGAGGCGUCUCCCUCAAAUGUAACUGCACCUAUAACAGUAAAAGCCUUGACAAAGAUGUGUGAGAAGGCGUAUCCCGUCCUCACUUCUAUACUGGGUAAUGGGCACGCCAGUGGUAUCUACGCCGUUGAGUUCUCCAACAAUUCACUGAAGCUGUACUACCCUAGUUCCAUGGUACAAUUGCUGUCUACACUUCCUAUACCAACAAUGCAAAUAUGGCUCCGACCAAAGCGGUUGGAGAGAGUGUUGGUACGGCAACCAAAUCGGUGCUGUCCCAAGUCGUCGCCUAGCACGCCAUGUAAGACGCCCAUGGGAUUCCCUGAAAUCGCUGUGACCGCGUCUCAUAGGAACACUGGAAAGCAUAUUUACGAUGUGCUUCGUAAUUUCUGUAGCCGAUCUGAUAAGCCACUGAGUCAACUGUGCCGUUACUUGCAGUGUCUCCUCCAUCGCACCCCGCAGUCGCUUGACGACAUGUGGGCAUUCUAUUACAAUUUCUUAACUGAGUGGCACGGCAAAGGCAGACGUGACGAAGUAGGUCUGAAGCAUAAGAAGGAGGCAUUUGAGAAUGCUGUCAACGCAGCGAAUUUCAAACGUGAAUAUGAAGGCUUAAAGGUGCAGUCUAUCUUGUCAACUAGUCACACAUCAAAAUCCAUGGGACAUCCCAACGGUGAUCUCUUCAGCCUUAUUUGCAAUUCAAAGCUGCGCGGCAAAUGCGGUCCAUAUUUGCAUUCGCUUACCAAUGAUAUCGCUGGCAUAUACUCAAAGAAGUAUGCUGGCAGAUAUUUAUCAUGGAUUGUUUACCUCACGCAGACAUUCUACAGCUUACUCCAAAGUCUCUACGAGGUGCAAUAG